AUGGAGCAGGACCCGUGGUUCCUCCCGCCGCGGUUCCCCCCGCGGCGCGGCGCGGUGGUGGCGGCCGGUGACGCGCGGCCCGUGGCGGCCAUGGCGGCGCUGCCCCCGGGGCCGCUGUCGCCGCCUGGCGGGGGCGCGGCGGACGCGGCGGGGCCUGAGGGCGCUGAGGGCCUGUUCGUGCUGCUGGGCGCGGGGCUCGCCGCCGCCAGCCACCCCCUGCUCUACGUCAAGCUGCUGGUGCAGGUUGGGCAUGAGCCUCUACCUCCAACCAUUGGCAGAAAUGUGCUGGGAAGGAAGGUCCUGUACCUGCCCGGCUUCUUCACCUAUGCCAGACACAUCGUGGAAGUGGAUGGGAAAAGAGGCCUCUUCCGUGGCCUGACUCCUCGCCUCAUCUCAAGCACUUUAUCAACCAUCACCAGGGGGAGUGUGAAGAAGGCUUUUCCACUGGAAGACAUGGAGCACGUGUCUAACAAGGAUGAUGUGAAAACUUCACUUAGGAAAGUGGUCAGAGAGACAUCCCACGAGAUGAUGAUGCAGUGUGUGUCCAGGGUUGUCUCACACCCUCUGCACGUGAUCUCCAUGCGCUGCAUGGUUCAGUUCGUGGGCCGGGAAGUCAAGUACAGCGGUGUGUUCAGUGCCAUUGGCAGGAUAUUUAAGGAAGAAGGGAUCCUGGGAUUCUUUGUUGGGUUAGUCCCUCACAUCCUGGGGGAUGUCAUCUUCCUCUGGUGCUGCAACCUCCUGGCUCACUUCAUCAACACCUAUGCAGUGGACGACAACUUCAGCCAGGCAUCGGUGAUCCGGAGCUACACCAAGUUCGUGAUGGGGAUCGCUGUGAGCAUGCUGACCUACCCGUUCCUUCUCGUGGGAGAUCUCAUGGCAGUGAACAACUGUGGGUUGCGCGCCGGCCUCCCUCCCUACGCUCCCGUCUUCGCAUCCUGGAUCCACUGCUGGAGGUACCUCAGUGCUCAGGGGCAGCUGUUCCGUGGCUCCAGCCUGCUGUUCCGCAGGGCGCCCAUCCCAGCCGCCUCCUUCCCCAUCGACUGACGCCUCGGCAGGGAGAGCUCUUCAACUCAGACUCCUCAAGAAACCCCAAGCUUGUUUCGAUAUCUGUAUAUUUCUAUUUUCUGAUCCAAAGUCCAUGGUGCCAGAACUGACACCUCUUCUCCAGCAAGGCCAGCAACAGACUUCUGGACAUCUGGCUUCUAGCUCCAGCUGGACCAAAGCUCCAUCCUCGUGGCUGUCUCGACUGGGAUGUAUAGCAGAGAGCAGAAAAGCAUUGUCCCUUUGGUCCAGACUGUAGCCCUGGAGUUGCUGGGGAAGUCCAGGAAUCCAGAAAAUGCCCAGGUACUACAGGAGCCAGCCAUGAGCUGCAGGGACAAAAGCCUGCUUUGUUCUGCCUGAGCUGGGAAGCAGCAGGAGUUCCAAGGUCACCUCCCUGGGGAGGCUGUGCCAGGUGACAGCCUCCUGCCUGAUCCUUUUUGGAGAAAGCACCUUUGCCUGGCAGGUAGCUCAUCCUGGGCAAGAUCAACUUGGCAUCCAUGUUUAAGGUUUGAGAGUACCUGAACACCCAGGAGCAUCCCACCUCCCAUGGGCAUGAAAAGGAAAUUAUAGGAUCAAAACAGGGAAGGGAAACAGAGUCCCAUUGCAAGGAACAGCAGAGUCCCAAAGAGACAGGUGCAGCCCAGCUCAGGGCAGCGAUGGGAUGUGGACACAGAGGGAGCCCUUGGGAAGGGCCCUGCACUGCCAGUGGUGCUGCUUUGGGCAGGAUUUCGGUUGUGGAAGGGGCUGUGUUUAGGACACACCCAGCAGAGCCGUGGGCUGGGCAGGCAGCCUGCACCACCACUCCUGUGUGCUGGGCUGGCCUGGCCUGGCUGCACCGAGGGGAAUCUCCCAGGCAGCAGCACCACGAGCCCUGCUGGGCUCCCGCUCCCGUCGCUGAUGGAAACGGAGCCGGGAUGUGAGAGCUGCCACAAAGGGCUCUCCUGCAGCAGGGGCCGCCAUCAGGGCUGUCUGCCCUAAAGAGAUACACCUUGAGCUGGCCAAAGGCUGGCGAGGCAGCAGGGUGGAAGGCUCCCGGUGCUCUGUGUGUAGCAGAGCUCACCAGUGGCACCAGGGCAGGAUUGAUGCUCAGCUCCCCAGACAACAAUUUCUUUGCACCAGUCUGUGCUGUGAUGGCAGCCAGGCAGAUUUCCCCCGUUUCAGUCCCCCACGAAGCAGUCUUUUGCACAGAGGUGAUGCUGAACUCCCUGGGAAGAGGUUUAGCAUUCCUUGAGCAGGUUCCCCUGUGCUGCAGCAACAGCAGCAGCUGGGGUCACAUCUCUGGGGACCUGCCAUCACACGGGGUUUUUUCCUCCAGCAGGCAGGGUCGAUGCACAGCCCAGGCAGGGUCUGCAGGACAGUGGUGGUACGUGCUGGGACUGGCAGCCCCCACCCAGCUCCCUUUGGUGUCGUGACGUCGGUCUUCUCUGUCCUCCCUCGCUCCCAGUUUGUGUUACAGCUAAAUAAUGCAUGGACCUGCUCCCUAAUACCAGAGAUUAUUUCAAAGAGGAUUUAAUUAUGCUCCAAAAUACAAUUACAGAACAACUA